UUGCUUCCAAGCAGCCAGAUGCUGACCAAAGUUUAGAUAGCUAACUUAGGACCGUUAUUAUAUUGAAGCAUAGGCAAGCACCUCUGACUCCUGUCUAUGCUUCUAAUGAGCUCGAUUGUGUACAAAAACCCAUUCACCAGUUUGCUGGUCUAUGUGGAUGUGCUCGCCAUUUGUAUUCUAUCAAUGAAUCGAUAUUUGUAAGUCAAUGUAAUUAGUCAGAGUUCAUGGAAAUCCUCCCGUUUAGCAUUACUUGUAAUUAUUUAAUUUACUUUUUGUAUCUUUCUACAUACUAACAGCUCCUAGCUUGAUUCAGACAGAAGCUACUGUAUUAGAUUGUAACAAUUAUUAAAUAUGUCGAAGCAAUGGUGUUUUUUUUAUUUUUUACAUUUAUGAUAUGGGGGUAAUACUAAAAGCUCGACAUGCUGUAAAACCGAGGCACAUUACUUCAACCUCGCUCAGUCGCUCUUUGCACAAAUGAAUGAUAACUUUGAGCGAUAGUAGCCCUUUCCCCCGCUUUUGAGGCAAAUUAUUUCCUGGGAUAAUUUGCGGAUUCCCUUUAAAAUUCUCGCGUAGUUGACCACACUUCCCCGUAAACCCCGGUUCUAGCAACCAAAAUCUAUUUACGUUUCGAGAUUAUGUUGAGUUAAACAUCAAUUGUCAUAACAGCUUAACAGGACUGAGCACAAUUUGGUGUCAGUUCGUAGAUACGUGUAAUGUUGUCUCUGUAGCCAACAUGAGCCACGAGAAUUCAGUAGUGCUUAACCUGAUGUCACCAUGGUGCGCCUUUGCACUAGAAGACAUGGAUGCAGCAGAGGAGUAUGCUAAGUGCAUGUCGAGUUUCAACAGUGAUGGGUUUGGGUUUUGUUUGUUUUUCCUUUAGUUUUUUAAUCUUCUUUUACCGUUUUAGGCAUCAAGUCAAAAGAGUUUAGUCAAGCACAAUUGCAUACUCCUCUCUCUCUCUCUCUCUGGAUGCCCCACAAGAAAGUGAAAUAACAAACACAUUGUCUCCUUAGAUUCCUUUCUUUUCUAUUUGAAGCGCACUCUAUCCCAGCUCUCUCUUUCUGAUUUCCUGUAUCAGCUGGUGGGACUGCCUAUGUUUCUUUUGUCAGGAUUCUCUUGCACUCACUAUAUGAAAGGGGGAGAUGGGUAGUAGAAUAACAAAGAAUCAAUUAAAUAAGCAUAAAGCGCAACAUAUCUAUCCCCAACAGUAAAAAGAAGAAACCAGAUUCAUACACUCGCCGUCUCCGUGUCUCUCUUUACCACCUCCACCUGUUUUUAAAGCUUCCUUUUCCUUUCUCUGAUGAAGACACUAGUCAUGGACACAACCUCAACUCCUCAAGAAUCAUCCUCCAAGAGACACUUCCACUGGACCAACAAGGUUGGAAAUGAAGAAGUGGAAGUUCCCAUGUCCAAAAUCAUAGAAGAGGACACAAAAGAAGAUGACAAGGGUGUUCCAGUUCAAGUUCCAGUUCCAGGACCUUCAGCCACUUCUCAGGCAACAAGAAGGAAGCUUCAGGCGGUGGCAAUUUCAAGGCUUCGCUCUGUUCUCACUGUGUUUGGCAAGAACCGUUCCAACCUGCCCUUUGGUCUUGGUUCUCGAGUUGUUGGCACUCUCUUCGGUUACCGUCGUGGCCACGUGCAUUUCGCGUUUCAGAAGGACCCCACUUCCCAACCCGCUUUCCUCAUCGAGCUUGCAACACCAAUAAGCGGUUUGGUUCGCGAAAUGGCUUCUGGGCUGGUUCGAAUUGCUCUGGAAUGUGACAAGGCGAAAGGUGCAGAGAAGAAGAGCGUGAGGUUACUUCAAGAGCCUCUGUGGAGGACAUAUUGCAACGGCAAAAAGUGUGGCUUUGCUACCACAAGAGAAUGUGGAGCAAAAGACUGGGACAUCCUUAAAGCCGUGGAGCCAAUUUCGAUGGGUGCAGGUGUUUUGCCACUGAGUAAUAGUGAUGGUGUUGAAGCACAAGCAGGGCCUGAUGGUGAAGUGAUGUACAUGAGGGCUAGGUUUGAGAGGAUUGUUGGGUCUAGAGAUUCUGAGGCUUUCUACAUGAUGAACCCUGACAGCAAUGGAGCACCUGAACUUAGUAUUUAUUUGCUUAGAGUCUAGGACCAGUCGCUCUAAAUGUCUGUUUAUUUAGUUAUAUACUUUCCCUUUUUUUAGCUUUUGUUCUUUGUGGAUUUUCAACACUAGGUUGUUCCUAUACUACUUGUCUAGCUCUUUAAUCAUGAAAAUGGAGACCUAGUUCUCUCCAAGUUCUUCCUUUUUCCCCCCCUCUUCUUCCUGGAGGGAGGAAGAAGAAGUGGGGUUUCUGUUUUUUUCUUGUUAGGAUAGGAGGGUAGGGUUAAGGCAGAAAGGGGGGAAUUUGUGGGUAACCAAUACUUUACAGCGUGGUGGUGGGUGGGUCACGAAAGGUGUAUAUGUAUAGUUUUCUUUCCAAUCCUUUAAUUAGUGAUUUGGAAUGGAGGUUAAUGCAAGUCAUGAUUGUCUUUGCAUUUUUAUUUGGUUUAUUAACUUUGAAAGUUUCAUUAUGCCAUGCUGUUUGAU